GAAGGUGGUGGCGGCCUGGCGCGGGAGGGGGGAGGGGGGCGCUGACCCGGAUGUUCACUCUUGGGCACCCGGGGAAGUGGAAGCGCCGGGCCCUGCUGCGGGGGGGAGAGCCACAGACGCCGGGACAGGGACCGCCGCCGCCGCCGCCACCAUGAGCGACCAGCAGCUGGACUGCGCCUUGGACCUGAUGAGGCGCCUGCCUCCACAGCAGAUCGAGAAAAACCUCAGUGACCUGAUCGACCUGGUUCCCAGUCUAUGUGAAGAUCUCCUGUCUUCUGUUGACCAGCCACUGAAAAUUGCCAGAGACAAGGUGGUGGGCAAGGAUUACCUUUUAUGCGACUACAACAGAGACGGGGACUCCUACAGGUCACCGUGGAGUAACAAGUAUGAUCCUCCUUUGGAAGAUGGGGCCAUGCCAUCGGCUCGACUGAGAAAGCUGGAGGUGGAGGCCAACAACGCCUUUGACCAGUACCGAGACCUAUAUUUUGAAGGUGGAGUCUCAUCUGUCUACCUCUGGGAUCUGGAUCACGGCUUUGCUGGAGUGAUCCUCAUAAAGAAGGCUGGAGACGGGUCCAAGAAGAUCAAAGGUUGCUGGGAUUCCAUCCACGUGGUGGAAGUGCAGGAGAAGUCCAGUGGCCGUACUGCCCAUUACAAAUUGACCUCCACGGUGAUGCUCUGGCUGCAAACCAACAAGUCCGGCUCGGGCACCAUGAACCUGGGAGGCAGCCUGACCAGACAGAUGGAGAAAGAUGAAACUGUGAGUGACUGCUCCCCACACAUAGCCAACAUUGGGCGCCUGGUGGAGGACAUGGAAAACAAAAUCAGAAGCACGCUGAACGAGAUCUACUUUGGAAAAACAAAGGACAUCGUCAACGGGCUGAGGUCUGUGCAGACGUUUGCAGACAAAUCAAAGCAAGAAGCGCUGAAGAACGACCUGGUGGAGGCCUUGAAGAGAAAGCAGCAGUGUUAGACCUCUGCUUCGCGCUAACCGGACCCGCCAUGCACUCGUUAGAGUCCUCUCUUUAGAAAACUUGUUUUCUGCUCCUUCUCCCUCUUCCUUUCCCUCCCUGACAGGUCACAUAACCUGCAUCGACCACGCAGCGCCAUCUCUCCCCAAGAAUAAAGCCUGAUAACCACCCUCCUCUGGCUCCAAGGCCUGCUUCCCACGACGUUUCGCUGUCGAGACUCCGUUUUUCCAUAGAGACCGUGUGGUUUGGUUCGCCUGGGCCCUGCCUCCUCCCUCCUCCCGUUUGUAGGCACAAAUACACUGUCUGCCACCGCGCCCUCCCAUCUUUUUGUUACAUUGGUGUAAAAAAAUGUAAAACAAAAAAUUUUAUGAACUAACUGGUGUGUGAAAGAUAGAAGAAAAACUGGAAAUCUGA